GACUGGCGGAAAUGACUGUAAGGGUCGGGGAGGAGCGGUUUGYGUGAAGUCAGAUGAAUGUAGCUUCGGUAGUUGGCUAAGAAUAAAUCAUUUUUAAGUGCCAAAGCAAUUUUUCAAGAAAACAUCUUCAGCUGAAUCGGAUAUAUCGGAUAUAGCCAUAUCACUGCAAAAUUGUGAUAUUUAGCUAGCUAGGAUGUUACAAAAUAAACAUUAAGUUGUUGUAGCUAGCUAUAGAAGGACACAAACUAGCUACUUCGUGCUAACUUGUCAAGCAAAGAAGAUAACAAAGACAUUUUGGGAAAUUGUAAUAUGAAAAAAGACGUGUCGGGGACAUUAGGAUUUGUCUCUCAAAAAGACAUCGUCUACAACAAACUUCUGCCAUAUGCGGAUAUAUUAGACGAAGAAUCCAAUGACAUUUUGGGUCAAAUCAAAGGGAACUUGGGCCGGGCUGUCCAGCUUCGAGAGAUAUGGCCGGGUGUCUUGUUUUGGACAAGGAAACUUUCCACGUACAUACGGCUGUACGGCAGGAAGUUCAGCAAGGAGGACCAUGUGCUGUUCAAGCUGCUGUACGAGCUGAUCACCAUCGACAAGCUGGAGAUCAGUAUGAUGCAAGGCCUAGCCCGGCUACUCAUCAACCUCCUCAAGAAAACAGAGUUGCUGUCGCGUGAGGACCUGGAGUUGCCUUGGAGACCACUGUACGAGCUGCAAGACAGGAUCCUCUACUCAAAGACAGAACACCUGGGCCUCAACUGGUUCCCCAACUCGGUGGAAAACGUUCUGAAAACACUUGUGAAAAGCUGCAGACCGUAUUUUCCGGAGUCGGCCACCCAGGAGAUGUUGGAGGAGUGGCGUCCACUGCUCUGUCCAUUUGACGUGACCAUGCAGAGAGCAAUAGGAUACUUAGAGCUCUUCCUCCCCACCACCCUACCCCCAGAGCUGCACCACAAGGGCUUCAAGUUGUGGUUUGAUGAGCUCAUCAGCUUGUGGGUGGCAGUACAGAACCUUCCAGGUUGGGAGGUGCAUCUUGUCAACCUGUUUGCCCGCUUGGCCAACGACAACAUUGGCUACAUUGACUGGGACCCAUAUAUACCCAAGAUCUUCACCAGAGUGCUGCGUAGUCUGAACCUCCCGGUGGGGACCAGUCAGAUGCUGGUUCCCAGAUACCUGACAAACGCCUACGAUGUCGCACACGUGGUCCUCUGGGUCUCCGCUUUACUGGGAGGCCCCAGUAAACAUGCCCAGGCACAGCUCAGUGGCCUUUUCAACAGCAUCACGUCUUUCUUCCACCCAUCCAACCAUGGACGCUGGCUGAUGAAGUUGAUGAAGCUGCUGCAGCGCCUCCCGGCCAGCGUGGUAAGACGGCUCCACCGGGAGCGCUACCGGAAGCCCACGUGGCUCACUCCGGUACCGGACAGCCACAAGUUGACGGAGGCGGACAUCACGGCGUUCGUGGAGAGUAUGAUGCAGCCGGUGCUGCUGGCCAUGUUCAGUAAGACGGGCAGUCUGGAUGCUGCUCAGUCCCUGCAGAACCUGGCCCUCAUGAGACCUGAACUUGUCAUACCACCAGUGCUGGAGAAAACCUACCCUGCUAUGGAGACCCUGACAGAGCCCCACCAGCUGACUGCCACCCUGAGCUGUAUGAUUGGUGUGGCUCGCAGCCUGGUGUCUGGGGGGCAGCGCUUCCCCGAGGGCCCCACACACAUGCUGCCCCUCCUCAUGAGGGCUCUGCCCGGUGUUGACCCCAAUGACUUCAGCAAGUGCAUGAUAACAUUCCAAUUCAUUGCUACGUUUGUUACUCUUGUGCCUUUGGUGGACUGCUCCUCUGCUGUUCAUGAAAGGAGCGACCUGACAUCGGUGGAGAGAGAGAUGUGCUCAGCCUCUGCAGAGUUUGAGGACUUUGUUCUUCAGUUCAUGGACAGGUGUUUUGCCCUGAUAGACAGCAGUACUCUAGAGCAGACCAGAGAGGAGACAGAGACAGAGAAGAUGACCCAUCUGGAGAGCCUGGUGGAGCUGGGACUAUCUUCUACCUUCAGCACCAUCCUCACACAGUGCUCUAUAGAUAUCUUCAAGGUGGCUCUGGAGAAGGUCUUCAUCUUUGCCACCACCAACAUCUUUGAGACUCGUGUGGCUGGCAGGAUGGUGGCUGACAUGUGCAGAGCAGCCUCCAAGGUUCACCCUGCACAGUCUUUGAAGCUUUUGGUACCACACUGCUGCAAUGCCAUAAACCAGCUCGCUGUCAAUGAGGAGGUGUUGAGUGAGGAGGAACUGGAUAAGGAGUUACUAUGGAACCUUCAGCUACUGUCAGAGGUGACUCGUGUGGACGGGGACAAGAUCCUCCCCUACAGCACCCAGCUGGUUCAGAUCCUGCAGCUGACCCUCCAUCUGAAGUGUAAACAGGGCUACACCCUGGCCUGUAACCUGCUGCAUCAUAUCCUGAGGUCUACAGCUCUCAUCUACCCCACAGAGUACUGCAGUGUACCAGGAAGCUUUCAGCAGCCCACACAGGACUACCUUCCCAUCAAGGACUGGGGUCGUCCGGGGGACCUGUGGAACCUGAACAUCCAGUGGCACGUCCCCAGUGUGGAGGAGACCAAAUUUGUGUUCUAUGUUCUGGACCUGAUCUUACAGCCAGAGCUGCUGCGACUGCAGAGAUACGCCCAGGGGGAACGGGACAUGACCAGGGAUGACGUCCUACAGAGUUUGUCUAUCGUACAGCACUGCCUUCUCGGAGCAGGAAGUCUGUUUCCACCGCUGCGAGGAGAGCCCAUUCCAGAACUGGUGACUAGCAUGGUGAAUCUGGGUGAGACCAACCUCUUCACAGGAGUGUCUUAUGAUGUGUCCAGAGAGAACUACAGAGAUGCUAUCUGUAGAGUGAUGAGGCAGUUGCUACAUCACAUUCUGGAACACUCCGAGGACGACACCAAGUCUCUAUUCUCCAUCAUCAAGAUCAUCAGUGACCUGCUACACUUCAAAGGCUCCCAAAAACACGAGUUUGACUCUCGCUGGAAGAGCUUCAACCUGGUCAAGAAGUCCAUGGAGAACAGGGUGCGUAGCCGGGCUCAGAGUGUGCUGUUCACGGCUCUGGGAACCUAUAACUUCUGCUGCAGGGACGUGAUCCCCCGCGUGCUGGAGUUCCUGGAGCCAGACCGCUCCGACGUCACACAGCAGCAGUUCAAAGUUGCCUUGUACUGUCUCUUGGGGAACCACAGUGGGGUGUGCCUGGCCAACCUGCACGACUGGGACUGCAUCACCCUGACCUGGCCUGCCAUCGUCCGCUCAGGACUCAGCUCAGCUAUGUCCCUGGAGAAGCCCUCCAUCGUCCGCCUGUUCGACGACCUCGCUGACAAGAUCCACCGCCAGUACGAGACCAUCGGCAUAGACUUCGCUACCUCACUCCUAUAUAACAUAUCCCAUCAAGAAUGCCGUGCGGUGGCGGUGCAGCUCCAGACCUCUGGUGUUCCUCUGCCCCCGGAACCUGUCCCCUCAGACCAAGAAGAAGCAGAGGCUCGGAAGCAGGAGGAGAAGAACUUAGACUCUGAACAGAAAUAUGACAAGCUGGUUGGUGAACUUCUGGACCGCCUCAAUGACAGAAACAUGCCCUGGAAGUUUGAGCACAUUGCCAUUGGCUUCAUGUCUCUGUUACUGAGGGAUGACCACCCCCUCCCCUCCCCCGCUGUCCUUUUCUUCGUCAAGAGCCUCAACCAUGACUCCCUCCUGGUCCGAAGGUGGGUGGCGAUAUCAGCCGUGGCAGGGAUCAUGAAGCAACUCAAGAGGCCACACAAAAAAGUACCAGUCAGCCCCAACACGCUCUGUGGUAUGAAAGAGCUGGCUGGUUUGAUAGCAGGGGACAGGCCUGAUAACCAGUGGCUCCAGUAUAACAGUAGCAGUCUGCCUCGUACCCAGCAGGACUGGGAGGGCUGUACGUUUGUAGAGAAGACCCACUGGGGAUACUACAGCUGGCCACAGAAACUCAUGAUGUACGCUCCUUCUGAGGAGCAGCCCAAACAAGGACUGACCAGGGAGGAGAUGACCGAGCGAGAGCAGAUCAUCUACGACCACUUCUCAGAUCCAGGAUUCAUCAACCAGCUGAUUGAGUUCCUCUCUCUGGAGGACCGCAAGGGCAAGGACAAGUUCAGUCCCCGCAGGUUCUGCCUUUUCAAGGGUCUGUUCCGGAACUUCAACGAUGCCUUCCUGCCCCUGUUGAAACCACACAUGGAGCGUCUGGUGGCCGACACACACGAGAGCAAACAGCGCUGUGUAGCAGAGAUCACCUCUGGACUGAUCAGAGGCAGCAAGCACUGGAGCUACGGCAAGGUGGAGAGUCUGUGGGAGCUGCUGUGUCCUCUGAUCCGUACAGCUCUGAACAACAUCACUGUAGAAACCUACGCUGACUGGGGCACCUGCAUCGCCACAGCCUGUGAGAGCAGAGACCCCAGGAAGCUCCACUGGCUGUUUGAGAUGCUGAUGGAAUCUCCAGUCAACGGGGAGGGGGGAUCCUUCGUAGAUGCCUGUCGUCUGUAUGUGCUGCAGGGGGGCCUGGCUCAGCARGAGUGGAGGGUCCCUGAGCUGCUCCACAGACUGCUGCAGUACCUAGAGCCCAAACUCACACAGGUCUACAAGAACGUCCGUGAGCGCAUCGGAAGCGUCCUCACCUACAUCUUCAUGAUAGACGUCAACCUGCCAUACACCCAGCCCACGGCCUCGCCUCGCAUCAAGGAGUUCACAGAGCGAGUACUGCUGCGCCUCAAACCCCUGACGGAGGGGGACGAGGAGAUCCAGAACCACGUGGUAGAGGAGAACGAUGUGGGGGAGCAGGACGAGAGGACACAGGCCAUCAAACUACUGAAGACAGUACUCAAGUGGCUGAUGGCCAGUGCUGGACGCUCCUUCUCCACGGCCGUUCCAGAGCAGCUCCAGUUGCUACCCCUGCUGUUCAAGAUCGCUCCGGUGGAGAAUGAUGACAGUUAUGAUGAGCUGAAGAGGGAUGCUAAGACCUGUCUGUCUCUGAUGUCCCAGGGACUACUCUACACAGAGCAGAUACCACUGGUCCUGCUGGCCCUGCAAGAGGUGUGUACACACACACCCAAAAACAGGCCAGACUCAUCUACAACCACUUUCUCCAUUCACUGCAAUCUCCAAAGAGAAAAAGUUCCUUCUCUCCCCCAGGUGAGGGAGAUGGCUGCCACCACUCUGAGCGGUUUCCUUCAGUGUAACUUCCUGUCCAUAGAGGGCCCCAUGCAGAGCCACUUUGAGGCCCUCUGCAAGACCCGCCUGCCCAAGAAGAGGAAGAGGGAGCUGGGCUCCGUGGUGGACACCAUCCCCUCUGGAGAUCUAGUGGAGCGACAUGCUGGAGUGUUAGGUCCUAAGUGCCUGGUAUCCUGCCAGCCCCUACAGCUGUUCCCAGCUGGAUCCCAGCUACUGAUGAACCUGAGCGUCCACCUCAACGACACACAGCCCAUUGAGAUGACUGUGAAGAAGACCCUGUCUAACUUCCGGCGGACUCAUCAUGACAACUGGCAGGAACACAAACAGCAGUUCACUGACGACCAGCUGCUGGUUCUGACCGACCUGCUGGUCUCUCCCUGCUACUAUGCCUAGAUACCUGGGCCCUGGUACAACUUUCAGGUGGAGAUUGUUAUGUUCUCUUAACGGAGGAACGACACCCUGAAUGCCCUCUUUGAGCCACUCAACAGUUCCUCACUCUGUUAUUAGUCUGGGAAAGCCUCAGACUGAACAGAACAGGGCCGUAUUCACAAAGCGUCUGAGUACAAUUGCUGAUUUAGGAUCAGUUUUGACUUUCAGAUCGUAUUGAAAACCAUUAUAUGGACAUGGCGACCUGAUCCUCGAUCAGCAGCGCUACUCUGAGACGCUGUGUGAAUACCAGAACAGACGAGCCUGCAUGAGGGGCCUCACGUCCAGGUCCCUUCCCUCUGACCAGACCAAUGGACGACACCUGGGUCGUUUUCUCUAGGCACCAAACGUAAUGAAACGAGGAGGAACUACCUGGAUGUUUCCUUAGAAAAAUGUUUUUGCUACGUUGUGCCGUAACGAAUACAACCCUGUACCCUGAGGACCUUGAGAAGGGGGGAGGGGGGGAAUAUGCAUACGUAAUGAAUGGAUGGAAUAAAAUAGAGUUGUGUAUUUGUUUUUAGCGCUCAUUUACAUUUCUACUAUACUUAAUAUUUAAGGAUAAACCAUAGCAUGGAUGAUUGAUCUGCAGUUUGUAAUAUUACUGUAAUAUUACUGUACAGUUGAUUUCUCUUGUUCUUUUCCUUUUUGUGUGUGUGUGKGGGGGGGGAGUGGAAUGCUUGAUGAAGAUACCUGCAGGUUUCCCUCUAUCUCUGGUCCAAGAUGUAGUGCGUGUUCCCCCAAUAGUGCACCACUACGCCGUAGGACCAGAGCUAGUUUCCCCCGUACUAUUGCUCUCAGUACAACAUCCCCUCAAUGUUAUCAACUCUGCACCAACUAACUAUAUUCUCCCACUAGAGCAAGGCUCUCCAGUCCUGUUCCAGGGGAGCUGCCGUCCUGUACGUUUCACUAUGACCCUAAUCUAGCACACCUGAUUCUAAAAACUACGUGGUUGAUCAGCUGAAUUAAGAUGGUUACAACUGGGGUUGGAGUGAAAACCUACAGGAGGGUAGCUCCCCAGGAACAGGGUUGGAGUGAGAACCUACAGGA